UCUCCCCUCUCCCCUCUCCCCCCCAUCCCCACUCCUCCCCAUUGAUGCGAUUCCUCUCCCCUCUCGUACGACGAAACCCUAACCCUAGCUCCUCGCUCCUCGCUCCUCGCUCCUGGCUCUCGCUCUCGCGCUAUAGAUCCGCGGCAUCGAUCCGCUCCCAUUCCCGUUCUCGCUGCGCGGACGCGUUUGGAUCGCUCCGUGGGGAAGGAUCGGGCCGAACGGAAGUGUUCUCGGCCCCGGAUUUGGCUCCGGAUUCGAAGAAGGGAACGGCCAUGGCGGUUGUGACGAAGGGGGUGGAGGAGGGAUCCCCGGCGAAGAGGUUCUGGAUCAGGUCCCAGAAGGAGGCGGUGUUCACCGCGUACACGCCCUUCGUCGUGUGCUUGGCGGCGGGAGGCUUAGAGUCCGAGGCUUUCCAGGGCUACGUCGCGCAGGACGUCCACUUCCUCAAAGCUUUCACUAAGGCCUAUGAGAUGGCGGAAGAAUGUUCUGAUGAUGAUGAUGCCAAGGCUACGAUACGUGAGCUGAGGAAAGCUGUGAUUGAGGAACUGAAAAUGCACAAUUCAGUUGUCCAAGAAUGGGGAAUUGAUCCCUCCAAGGGAACUGCUCCUAGCUCGUCCACAACAAGAUAUAUAGAAUUCCUGAUUGCGACAGCUUCAGGGAAAAUUGAUGGAGGAAAAGGUCCUGGGAAAAUUGUCACUCCUUUUGAAAAAACAAAAAUUGCUGCUUAUACAGUAGGUGCUGUGACGCCUUGCAUGAGGCUUUUUGCAUAUCUGGGGAAUGAACUUCAAGUGUUUCUGCAAAAUAAUGGUAAUCAUCCCUACAAGAAGUGGAUCGAAAGUUACUCCUCUAGAGCCUUUGAGGACACUGCUGUAAAGAUAGAAGAUUUGCUUGAUAACCUGAGUGUUUCGUUGACUGGCGAGGAACUCGAACUUAUAGGAAAGCUUUACCAGCAAUCUAUGAAGCUAGAAAUUGAGUUCUUCUCCAGUCAACAAAUAGCGCGGCCUUCUGUAGUUCCCUUGACAAAUCCGCAUGAUCUGAAAAAUCGACUCAUUGUGUUUUCGGAUUUUGAUUUAACAUGCACGGUAGUUGAUUCCUCUGCCAUUUUGGCAGAGAUUGCUAUAUUGACUGCACAAAAGGCUGAUCAGGGUGUGGCUGAUGGAUUGAUUGCGCGGAAGUCAUCAUCAGAUAUGAGAAACUCCUGGAACAUGCUCUCAAGGCAGUUUACUGAGGAGUACGAGGAAUGCAUAGAAAAAUUACUGUCAUCACAAGAAGUAAAGGCAUUUGAUUAUGACCGCCUGCGCACAAGUCUGAAGCUGCUAUCUGAUUUUGAGAAUCGGGCAAAUUCUAGGGUUAUCAAUUCUGGAUUGUUAAAGGGACUGAAGUUGGAUGACAUAAAGAAGGCUGGUGAGCGGCUGGUUCUUCAAGAUGGUUGUACAAAUUUUUUCCAAAAUCUUGUAAAGAUAAAGGAGAAGCUGAAUGUGGAUCUGCAUAUUCUUUCAUAUUGCUGGUGUGCCGAUCUCAUAAGGUCGGCCUUUUCUUCAGCCGGUUGUCUAAAUGAUCUAACCAUCCACUCAAAUGAAUUUGGCUAUGAAGGAUCUGUUUCUACCGGAGAAAUCUUCAGAAAGAUGGAGUCUCCCCUUGACAAGGUUGAGAAAUUUAAAACCAUCAUAAGCAACUUAAGCCGUGACCCGAAGCAUUUGUCUGUGUACAUAGGGGACUCGGUGGGAGACUUGCUCUGCUUACUCGAAGCAGAUAUCGGCAUAGUGGUUGGAUCGAGCAUGAGUUUGAGGAGAGUGGGAAAGCAUUAUGGUGUUUCCUUCGUUCCACUAUUCUCUGGAUUGGUAAAUAAACAAAGGCAGCUCGACAAACAGGAAAAGACCCCUGUUUGGAAGGGCUUGUCCGGUGUCCUCUAUACAGUAUCUAGCUGGUCUGAAAUACAUGCUUUUAUUUUAGGGGCGUGACAUUUCAAUGUUUGUUCUGAUCCAUCUAUUUCUAUACAAAGAAAUAUGAUAAACUGUGGCUACUUUUACAAAAGCCGCAGGUUUAAUGCUCUUCCUUUUGCCUAUAUUGUUGAUAACAGUGUACUGGUGUUUCGCCUAUAUUCUUUUUAGGUACAAGAAAGUAAUUCCUGGUGCUAUCGGUAUGCCCGAAUUCAAGGGCAUUUGUUUGUGAGACGAGCUAAAAGGAUGUCUUAGUUUGUGUUCUUUCAUUUUUGUCGCUGAGCUACACAUUCUGUAACUGCUCAUUGCAAACUGUAACUACUUUCUUCUAUCAUGAAAUUUGAAUAUGUGAUC